GAAAAGUAAAGUAUUUUUUUGACAUUUUCACUCAUAUUGUAACAGUAGUCAAGGUGAAAAUUAUCGCUAUCGUCAUCGAUCGAAGAAAAUAAAACCUAAUUUGCUUUAUUCCGGGUGAAAAUUUUUACCUUGUAGUGCGUUUCAAUGAACUUCAAUGUUUUUUCCGUGCUCAACAUAACGUCACUAUUAUCGGAAUAUCUUGGUAGCCUAAGUUUACCGUCGUUUCUCUCUGGGCUGAAAUUGUAUGAUUCGCCAGCAGCUACACUUGGCGAAGACGAAGACGACGCAGUAGCGGGAUCGUUGAGCACGACUACCGAUAAUUUAUCCUUGCAGCAGCGACAGUAUUUAAAUCUAAACAUCCUCGCAAACUUUUGGUGCCUGUUGAAGGAGACUGCGGAACUUCUUUGGGAACAAACUGUUAGCUUUGGAAGUUUGUUGGAAUUUACCGACUUUCAGCUUCUAAUCGGAAAAACUUUUCUAAUAAUCCUUUUCGUGAAUCUACUGUUGAUUGCCUUCUACUGGAGAAAAUACGGCAGCAUUAUCACCGAUCGCUUUAUUCGUCCCAGCACAGCAAAAGAGAUUGAAGAGCUCAAGCUAUCCGUGGCUCGUUUGAAACUCCCUAAAGAGCACAGCCCUCGGAUCUAAGCGAUGUUCAAUCCAAAGAAUAAGUUAAAAAACUAUUUCAACAAACAGAAGCUAAAAUUCGG